AUGGGCGAGGAGAGGGAGGAUCCGCAGAAGUUGAAGAGAAUAGCGGCGGCGGCGGCUUACGAUUACGAGAACGACCCCAGAUGGGCGGAUUACUGGUCCAACAUCCUCAUCCCUCCCCACAUGGCCUCUCGCGCCGACGUUGUCCAGCACUUCAAGCGCAAGUUCUACCAGCGUUACAUCGAUCCUGAUCUUGUAGUUGAAGCUAUGUCUUCGACCGGCGUUUCUCAAUCUACAAAAUCUGCUACUGCUGCUGCUUCAUCAUCACCAUCGGGAUCUUCAAAUCAGCAACCUCGACAGCAAAACACAGGUUCAACUACCACGAACUCUGGAGCAAGUCCGGCUGCUGGCCAAAAUCUAACUUCAGUACGCUGGGAUCGCCAAACUAUACAGUUUUCCAUCAACGCUUGGGUUUUUGUUGUGGCUAUGCUGGCAAUCUUCCCUCUUGUGCCUAGAAGUCUCUCCAAUAGAGCAUAUCGUCUUUCAUUCAUGGGGACUGCUUGUUCAUCACUGUAUUCACUGUACAUGCUAUAUGGGAGGCCUAGGGCAUGGAAUUUGCAGGCUUUGCAGGUUUAUUUGCAGUCAAUAAUUGCAACCAAAGAUUUCAUCUACUUCAUCUACUGCCUGACUUUUGUCACUUCAAAUUUAUGCCUCACAUUUGCAUUAAUCCCUAUUCUAUGCCGUGCAUUGCUGAAUGUUGCUAAGUUCUUGAGGCGUAACUUCAACAGUUCCUCCUUGUACAGGAGGUACCUUGAAGACCCUUGUGUCUGGGUGGAAUCAAACACCACCACCCUUAGUAUUCUAUCUUCACAUGCAGAGAUUGGGGUUGGGUUCCUCUUAGUUCUGUCUUUGUUCUCGUGGCAACGAAACAUAAUACAAACGUUCAUGUACUGGCAGCUAUUGAAGCUGAUGUACCAUGCUCCAGUUACUGCUGGGUAUCAUCAAAGUGUGUGGACCAAGAUCGGGAGGAGUGUGAACCCACUUGUGAGCCGUUACUGCCCAUUCUUGAACGCUCCAAUCUCUGCUGUUCAAAAAUGGUGGCUUAGGUAG